CUUCCUGUUUGAACUAAUGGUCCUUGCUCAACCACUCAGUGUGGUGAUUCUUCGGGAGUUUUUCCUUUUAUAACUUUGUCAUGGACAGUCACGAUGUUCCCUCACUGAGAGAUGGGGAGUGUUACCAUGUCUUCAUCAGCUACAGCAGCACUGACUAUGAGAGGACCCACUCCCUCAUUGAUCAGCUGGAGGAAUGCGGCCUGCAGGUCUGCUACCAUGAGCGGGACUUCAUUCCAGGCCGCACCGUGUUGGAGAACAUGUCUGACUGCAUCCAGGAGAGCCAGAAGGUCCUGCUGGUUCUCAGUUCAGAGUUUGUGAGGAGCCGCUGGUGUCUCCUGGAGGCCAACAUGUCUCUGUUCAGGGACUGUCUGGAGAGGAAGCCCAUCGUCCCAGUGCUGCUGGAGCCAGGAGUCUCUAUUCCUCUCCACCUCUGCCACCUCACCUACCUGGAGGCCAACAACCCCGACUUUAAGAAUAAGCUGCUCAAGGUGCUCUGCACCCCAAACCAGCAGCUUCAAGGCUCCACUGUGGUCCCCUUCCAGCCUCCCUCUAUCUACAAUGGGAAGGCCCUGCAGCCUUUGACUGCUGUCAAUGAUGAGGAACUCUACAAAUGGGAUUGUGGCCGGUUCAGUGACAUGGAGGUGCCAGAUCAACUGCGCCUGGUCAUUGAGGACCACAACAAGUACAGAGAGGCUGUGAGGAUCAUCAACAGUGUCUCUGAAAACAAAGUUUGGCUGCGCCCUCUCUGGGUUAGAGUACUGAUCUACAUUGCUGGUGUAAUAUUUUUUUUACUCAUGGUAGGUUUUUCUACCUUUUUGUCAGUUAAGUUCAUUCACGGUGGGUUUUUGUCCUGGGAUCUAGAUACUUAUGAAAUGAAUUGGUUUAUUAUUUUGAGUCUGUACUAUGCUCCAGUGGGGUUUAUUAUUCAGCUUGGUCUCUGGAAAAUGGAUGAUGAGAAGUAUAUUCUGAGGGAGAUGCAGAAAGCUGUCGGUCAAGCAAACAUGUUGCUCUCUGAGGAGAAGGUGUUAAUGGGAAGUCGGUCUAAUUCAAAACUUUAUCUGGUGUAUGUUUCUCUGGACGAUUGCAAACAGGAGUUUGCAGAAACAUUUUCUGAGCAGGUUGUUGCAGAGGAAAUGUUUCAAAGAGCUCUGAUGUUUUUCUCAUCAGGUUACACCUGCUGCCUUGCUAAAAGAGACUUUACCUUUCCCCAGCCCAGCUCCUCUGGUCACCUGGAGGGAGGCGUGUGUUUCUGUCAGUAUGUCUCCCAGCAGCUGAGUAAAGAGAAAUGGGAAUAAAAGAAACUGGACAGACAUGAACAGGACAUUCAAUCCAGCAUCAAUGCCAGUGGUGAUUCAAGACAAACAAUUCAAAUCAACAGUCAUUCUUCUAUGUAUUAAUUUUUACAUUUGUAUAGAAUCCAAAACAAUUCUCUGUCUGUGUACAGCCUACACUUUCCAAUUAAUUUAGUUUUUGUAUAGUCUAUAUUUUUUAUACCUUUAUCUAAAUGGAACAUUUAGUAUGACAGUGCUAGAUUAACUUGUUUAACUUAAAGCGACUGAAAGCCGUUAAAGACAGUAACUUUUGUUUAUGAUUAAAGCCCUUCAAACAACAGAACUGUCUCUUUAACAAACACUCUGGGGAGGAUGUUUACCCGUGUAUACUCGCUGAGUUUACUUUCACUUCUUGCUCAACUCCGUACUGAUGACUGGUGUUAACGUUUCUCUAAAUCAACAGAACCAUGAACAGUUUGUCUUUGCAGACAAUGGAGCCAAUGAACUGCAGCUUGUCUCCAUACAGUCACGAUGUUCCCACACUGAGAGAGGGGAGUGUUACCAUGUCUUCAUCAGCUACAGCAGCACUGACUAUGAGAGGACCCACUCCCUCAUUGAUCAGCUGGAGGAAUGCGGCCUGCAGGUCUGCUACCAUGAGCGUGACUUCAUUCCAGGCCGCACCGUGUUGGAGAACAUGUCUGACUGCAUCCAGGAGAGCCAGAAGGUCCUGCUGGUUCUCAGUUCAGAGUUUGUGAGGAGCCGCUGGUGUCUCCUGGAGGCCAACAUGUCUCUGUUCAGGGACUGUCUGGAGAGGAAGCCCAUCGUCCCAGUGCUGCUGGAGCCAGGAGUCUCUAUUCCUCUCCACCUCUGCCACCUCACCUACCUGGAGGCCGACGACCCCGACUUUAAGAAUAAGCUGCUCAAGGUGCUCUGCACCCCAAACCAGCAGCUUCAAGGCUCCACUGUGGUCCCCUUCCAGCCUCCCUCUAUCUACAAUGGGAAGGCCCUGCAGCCUUUGACUGCUGUCAAUGUUGAACGACUCAAUAAAUGGGACUGUGGUCAGUUCAGUGACAUGGAGGUGCCAGAUCAACUGCGCCUGGUCUUUGAGGACCACAACAAGUACAGAGAGGCUGUGAGGAUCAUCAACAGUGUCUCUGAAAAGAAAGUUUGGCUGCGCCCUCUCUGGGUUAGAGUACUGAUCUACAUUGCUGGUGUAAUAUUUUUUUUACUCUUAGUAGCAUCAGGUAUGUAUUUCACAAUUAUAUUCAGUGUGGGUCAUUUCUUGCCCCAAAAACAAAACACAUACCCGGUUGAUAUUUGGGUGUUGACACUUUCAAGCCUCUACUGUAUUCCAGUGGGGUUUAUUAUUCAGCUUGGUCUCUGGAAGAUGGAUGAUGAGAAGUAUAUUCUGAGGGAAAUGCAGAAAGCUAUAGGUCAAGCAAACAUGUUGCUCUCUGAGGAGAAGGUGUUAAUGGGAAGUCAGUCCAAUUCAAAACUCUACCUGGUGUAUGUUUCUCUGGACGAUUGCAAACAGGAAUUUGCAGAAACAUUUUCUGAGCAGGUUGUUGCAGAGGAAAUGUUUCAAAGAGCUCUGAUGUUCUUCUCAUCAGGUUACAGCUGCUGCCUUGCUAAAAAACAUUUUCCCUUUGCCCAGCCUAGCUCCUCUGGUCACCUUGAGGGAGGAGUGUGUUUUUGUCAGUAUGUCUCCCAGCAGCUGAGUAUGGAGAAAUGGGAAUAGCAGUACCUGUAUGGACCUGCAAGUGAUAGUACAUAUCCUGUUUCUGUUUUUUUGUUUGUUUUGUUUUAAAACUAUAUCCUGCCUUUAUGGGAGGUGCAAACCAGUUAGAAUUCACUUUUUUUUUUGGAAGGGGAUAGCAUUAAAACAUGACUAUACAUUACUAAGUAUAUAUUUUGUACCCAUAUCAUGUGUUGGUCCCAUUUCAUACAUUCUCUCUUCCUCAAAAAUCAUGUUUUUUCUGUUUAUUCUCACAUUUGCCAUUUCGAAAUUUGUGAGUGAUAUACAGUAUUUAUCUGAAAUGCGUCUAACUUUACAUAAUCCACACAUAUGCCUCAGGGUUCACUUUCUCAUGAAGUCCAUUUUUUCUGAACUGGGGCAGAGGCAUCAUAAAACAUACCUGUUAUAUAAUAUGAUUUAAUAUGUGUCCAGUCUGGGGCUUAGGACAGCCUUAGGUAUAAGAUUCUCUUAUCUGUUGCUCUUUUGACAAAAUGUUGUUGACCUUUCCCACUGAUGCCACCUUAUCAGAAACAAAGACCCAUUGGAGAUUUGCGCACCACCGUGUAGGACAGAAGGGAAAUCAAUAUUUGCUGUCCUUUACGACAUCCACUAACGGGAUUCAGGAUAUGAAACAGAGACAUGACACUGCUGCCCCAGGGGUCUGUGGCAACAAAUCCUAACAAACAGUAAAAAGACACUGCUGGGAAUAUAAUCCACAAAGAGAUUGAAUGUCAGUGGGGUGACGCCAGGGUCACAAUGUACACAUUCAGUUCUCACUGUUCCUGAUGAGAGGUGGAAAUGUCCUCUCGCCGCUGCAGUUCAAUUAGAACUUAAUUAGGAUGGAUUAAGCGUACACAUCUGAGGUAGAAAAAAAAGCUCCUUGCUGCCGUGUUAUCAUGUUGUGUGCAAGCAUGUUGAAAGUGUAGCAUGGCGGGAUAAUUGCUAACAGAAGCGACAACAUAAAGAGAACAAGUUGUCUAAUCCUCAACAAUGACUUUCAUGCUGAUCUCUAUUAAGGCUUAAUUUCUUUUCCACAUUACAGCAAAUAUGUAUGUGUGUCUGUUUGCAUGUACAUAAAUGCUUUACAUUUUCCAUUAAGAAUCUUUUCCCUGUAACUGUAUUCCUAUCACAGCAACAUAAACAGCUUUUUGAUGAAAAUGCGAUGUGUCCUUGGCAUGUCUAGUUUUCUAGAUUAGCACUCAAAACCGCCUCAUACUAGCUGCUGUUACUCUACGGCAUGUUUUGAAUUUCAAUGGAGUUAAUUAAAAAAUAUUCCUCUGCCAUGGGGCGCAGUGUGGAGACAUGAGAGAAAAACCGCAAAAGGAAAAUGACCUGCUGAGCUAAUAAAAAAGUCCAAC